CCCUCCCGUCAUAAAAUCCUGCGUACGGUACUACCGCUUAGUAUGACAAUACAGGGUUAUGUUAUAUUAAAACAUUUGCUUCAUUUUCUCCCAGGAAAUCCAUGAGAACUAUGUCUACCUAGGUGACAAAAUUUCCUUCUUCGAAACUGGGGUCUGGCCAGUGGUGAAUGACCCACAAAUGUCAAAGUACAAGCCUGAUAGUCAGGCUUAUAAGAAUGCACAAGCUUUCAAUGACGUGUACAGGAAGUUAUUGGAGACAUUACAAAGUGUAUUCGAUGGGAAUGUUGACAGGUAAAAACGGAAAUUCUUAUGUAUAGGAAAGUAAGCAAGUCAAUAAGUGAAUUAAAUAAGUUACCUUCCUUAAUUUAUAACUAAAUCCAAUAUCUGAACAUCUUCUAUAACUAUUUUUUCGUAAGAUUGAAAUAAUAACUAAAUAAAAGUCAGAUUCAGGGACGUCGGAACUGGGGGGGGGCAGGAGGGCUUGCCUUUUGCUAGGGGGGGGGGGCAAAGGGGGCAGAAGUGCCCUUUUAGUUGUAAAAUACAACCUUAUAAAUCACAAAUCCAGUGAUGCUUUUUCCGGCAAAAUCAUGAGACUCAGGUAAUUUGUAGGCCCAGAGAAAGUUAAUUUACAAAAAUAAGUGUGAAUGAGGUUACUUUAGAAAAUAAUUUUGGAUAAAUGAAGAAAAUUGCUGAUGUCCGGAAAAAUUUUUUUACGUAACGAAAAAUUUUGGUAUGUCCGGAAAAAAUUUUUGACCCCUAAAAUGGUACACUGACCGAAAUUUUUUCGUCGCCCAAAAAAGAUUUCAUGUAAAAAAAUUUUCAGGUAAAUUUCGAACUUUUGAUCUAUAGGGGUGCCCUUUGGUGUGCGUCUGCCCCCCUUUGCCUUUUUAUCGUUCCGGCAUCACUGGCCAGAUUGGUAGCACUAAAACAUGAUCAGUAUAACAUGUUUUAGUUCUAAAAUAAAUUUAAAUAUAUUGUUUCUUCCAUAACAUAUAUGGAAAAUUAAAAAUCCAUGUCCAUCAUAUUGGCUAUAAUUCUAUGGCUGAUAAUUAGAUAAAUGAGUAGAUAAAAAAGUGUCAAUAAAUAAGUAGGUAAGUAUGUAAUUUACUGAGGGUUACAUGUCACACUACUUUAAAAUACGGAAUAUAACGUGCUCAUUUUAAGAAUUACAAGUUGUGGUAAAAUGUUUCAUAUAAAGAACAUCUUACUUGAUGUUAAUUAUAAAAGCACGGUUUGGUAUUUUGUAUUAUUACAAUAUGACAAUCUACCUUCUUAAGGUUACAUUAUAUGAUGAAACUCUGAUUUUGUCAAAAAAAAAAGUUUUUUAUAUAUUCAUUUUAAGUAAUGUUAUAUCUCUCAAUUCCAGCAACUUUUUUAAGAAAAUGUUAAAAAGCGCCCGAGAUAUAUGGGGAAAUGCUAUGACCACCGAAUAGCUCCGCGCGAAACUUGUGAUUAUGAUUGAACUUUGCUGGCGUCAAAUAUCAAGGUGUGAAAUUCACUAAAGUAUAAGCCGUUUGUUAUUGCUCAGAGGCAUAUAUUAUUGCGACAACAUAUAGAAAGCUUAUAAUAUAGUAUUUACAGAACCUCUCGAAGUUCAAGCUAUGUGCGAUGUCGGCUUCGGUGACUUUUCUGCUGCGUUUGCGUUUUGUAGUCUAUAGACUCGAAUUCUAUAAAGAUAAAUGUGACAAACACCUUGCCAAAAAUAUUAAAGUUGGGUGUUUGUGAUUGGUUAACCGCACAAGGUCAGAAGUGAAUUAACACUGGGGGCGGAGAAAGUGACGAAAGAGUGGAAACUCGUCAAAUCUUUAAUCGUCGUUUGAAGUGUAAGCAAAAUUACCAAAUCUCCUCGACAAAAAAAAAGUUUAACGACAGAGCGUUUUAUCCGAUUGGUCCCAACUUGACCACAAUGUUAAUCAAUAAUAAAGGAGUGCAUUAUUUUUCAAUUUAGAAGCAUCUCUUCAACCGCUUAUACCCGCGCAAGAUAAUUCAAGUUGUCUGCUUUAUAUCAAAGCGAAUACAAUAGCUGUCAAAAAAUGCGAACACACUUUUCUUCGUUGGACAUUUGAGAUAAGAAAUAUGAUAUUAUGGGAGCUCCUGAGUUAAACGGUCUGUCGUUAAAUCUCGUGGCGCAAGAGGUGCUAUUUUUCAAAAGAUGUCUCAUUGCGACUACAGGUAGACUGCGAGCAAUCCCUCUAUUUUCCUUCGUUUUAUUGUUUCCCGGACUAAGAUGGGAUUGCUCGCAGUCUAGACUACAGGUUAGGCCAAUUAAAAAUAAUUUUCAGUUUUUCAUCAGAUUUUUUGAAAAACGGGGGGCGGGCGGGCGGAUUUUAAUUUUUUUAUUAUUUAUUUUUUAAUAGCGUAAGUAGUAUAUUUCCCCUUUUAUUAAAAAACGGAUUAAAAGGUUGUCUUCCAUUUCACACAUUUUGUCUACGCAAGAACAUUUACAUACAAACCUUGAUCAAGGAUCCCUGCAACCAGAUCAUUAUAAACAUCAUUUAAAGAAGAAUUGUCUGGAACUCGUACGCCUAUCCAGGGCUUCAAAACUUGUGUUCCAGCUCGUAUUUGAACGACAACGAAAGGCAUGUUGAAACAAUAUGGCCGCCAAUGUUCGGUUUCCGACUACUUCCGACCAAUUCCGAUUUAAUAAUAAUAAAAAAAUUAUUCCGGGCGGCCAAUUUUUCAGGGGCGGGCGGCGAUGAAAAACUGAAAAUUAUUUUUAAUUGGCCUUAAAAGGUGGUGAAUUUUGGUUAAAACAGUAGCUUCUACAGUUAGUUAUCCUUGCAUCUACCAAUUAACGUAACUAAAGAAUUGAGCACACAGUGACAAUUUUUCUGAAACAGGAAUCUAUCAGAUGAUGUAACCUUAAUGUCGAGGUAAUGCUAACAAACGACAGUAUAGUUCUGUUUUUGAAUUUUAAAAUGUUCGCCUCUAUUUUCCAUACAGGUUUGAUGACGCGUUUGGUUUGAUGAAAUCUCUGAUUGUGUAUGGCAUGCGCGUUGUUCAGACACCAAUUGAAGAUGGUGGUGAUCCUAAUAUUGGUCCUAACGCAGGACCAACUUAUUUCAACUAAUUGAUUAAAUAAAUACACAUUUAACAAUCGUAUUAUCUUUAGUUGCACAUUUUCACCUUUUUUGAAAUUAGAAUUUCAUAUGGUAAUCAAAAACCAUUUGUAUGUAGUUUUCGGUGUGCUGUAUGAUCUUGGCCAUAAGCCGUUUUAGAUUAUUCUUUAAGUAAGAAACUCUGACAUUUUGAAUUACAUAUUUACUUUUUCUGCAUUAGCAUUUCGUAUUGUAUUAUGCCUCACGUAUUCUUAUUGAUUGGGUAACUUGAAAUGAAAUUUAUCGCAGUCAGUAGAGUAUAUAAUUUAUUAUUAUAUGGCUUUUGAAAAUUCUCUAUUCUGAUUGGUUGACAAGCGGUCCGUAAAAACCCAUAUCCGGACCGUGAUUGGUACUUUCCGUAUCUGGACCGGUGUUUUUUGGUCAUUUUUGCUUUGCCAACAGAAAAAAGUUUUGCUUUUUAAUUUUCCAAUUGUGUGUCAUUAAAAUUUACAGAUAAAAGUUUCAAACAACCAAAUUGUUUUUGAUUGAGCAUGCAUGCCUACCGUAUAUUGUUACCCAGUGAAACUGACGAUAGCCGAUUUAAUUCGCGCGAAAAGCAUAUGCUCAUAGACUCAGUUCAGCCAUAUAAUAAACCGAUUAUUGACCUCGCUUGUUCGGUCUGUACUGUGAAAUAUCAGACCUCUGUUUUUUUGCAUGGACCUCGCUCCUUCGUCGCUCGGUAAAAAACCUCGGUCUGAUAUUUCACAGUUCAGACCUCACGCGCGCUUGGUCAAUAAGCCGUUAUUAUUUUCUGCCAACUGCAAUUAGUUAUAAUUUAACUUCUACUUACAACCUAUCUGAUUACGAAUAUCUUUCCUGCAAAUAGAUUUAUUUGAAAUAUAGGCUGGGUGAAACUACACAACGAUAACGAUAUACAAAGUAUUUAUCGGUCGGAAGAUGUAUUUCUCAAAUAAUUUCGUUAUAUAUCGUGAUUACUCGGGUGCAUGAGCGAUUUCAUUAAGACGUCGACAUUGCAAAUUGUUUUCCGUAGACAGUUGGACUCAGCCUAGUUCCUGGCCUUCUCGCUUCCGCCUCAUUAUUUUAGGGGGAAAUCGACAAGGUUUGCAGGUUGACCGGGAUAAAGCUGUAUUUAUUCGGAGACUGGGGAGAGGCGAGAAGCGAGAAGGCCUAGCAAAAUUCGCAAACUGUCCUGAUUUGUCCUUCGCGUUGGGAGUGGGCUCUAGUUUUGUUAAAUUUUUAAUAUAAAUUUGUGAGUAUUUUACAGUAAAAAUUGUAUUAAAGAAGCAUUUUGAUGGAA